GAACUACAUACAAACUGGAAGUUGGGAACUUUGAGUCAGGCUGAACCUGCAAUAAUGAAGUUACGCUCGAGUCUAAAAAUAGCACUCCCAGUCUCCCACAUCAACCACCAACUCUCUUAGUCUCCUAACGAGCACCCAUAAUUAAAGUGAUGGUACAUUUUAGAGUCUUCCUCGGCGCCCCGUCCAUCAGUGAUCUCAACAAAGCCCCAGGUUCGUACACCUGGAAGACCAUCGAGCCUCCUUCAGCAGAGGCCUCUCAACCACUACUAUACCCUCCCGCAACACUCGAGGCCGCGAGCAGACGAAUAUCCUUGCUCUACCAGAACAUCAUAUUCGACGAUGGCGAGGAAGAAGAGGAGAAUGCUGGCCUGAGCGCAUGGCCUGAGGGAAGUCAGCCUUUGAUGAAAGAACAGACGACGGUGAUAACCUGGCCUCCGACCCCUGUUGCCGAUACCACCGGUGCACCCUCCUUCCUGCGCACAUCCCAGUCGCAGUCACAGUCUCUGCUUGCUGCAACGUAUGAAACACAGGAAACCACUUCCGUGUCUUACUCAGACGCGUCUUCUAUAGCCCGCUUCCCGCAUUUCCAGAUCAGCCUUCAUAAAGUUUCAUCUCUUGCAUCGCUCUACAGCGAAAACAUCGCAAGAGGGAGAAAAGUGAAUAUAUUACUCGCCACGCUAGAGGUAGAAGGCCCUGAUACAGUGCGUGUGAAGAAAGGCCCGGACGCAGGGAAAGAAAUCUCAGUUCUCAAAAUGAUUCUGGGUGAUGAGGAUGGCUCAGUAUGCAAGCUCACCGCGUGGCGUGACGUCGCAGAUGCUUGGGGUGCACUGGGCCUCAAGCGCGGAGACAUAAUUUACAUAGAGAACCUCGCACCAACGUGCGAGCCAGGCAGCUCGAUCACCCUCACCGCCUCGCCAUACAACAAGCCCACCGCGGAGAUAUGCUUUCGGACCAUGCCUUACACACGUGAGGACAAUCGCCUCCGGCCGGACCUCCGGCUCGGGCAAAGCGACGCCGCCGUCAAGAAGGUCGCUGCACUGGCCCAGUGGUUCGAGCGGAUGGCUGGGCUGGUACACGCGCGCUAGCUUGACAUGUAUCACUAAGCAUUACCGUGGCUACCACGUUUGACGUGGAAGUUUGGUGGCU